ACGUGCUCCUCCUGUCCUUCUGGCGCAGCGUGCCUCUGCUGCGGGGAGAGCCGACCAUGGCAGCCCUGCUGAGACCUGCCCGCUGGCUCCUGCGUGCCAGUGUGUCCCCGCGCCUCCCGUUGUCCCGGCGCCUCCUGGCGGGCGGCCCCGGCCGGCCGCUCGUCGCGUCUCGUUUGCCGGCCGCGCGCGCCCGGCCCCCAGCGGGAGAGCUACUGAACCAAGCCAGGCUGUAUGCCAUUGUUGCUGAAGAAAAGAAUGAUUUUCUAGAUGAGAACACUUCUAGGAGGAACACUUCGUCUAGGAGGCAUCCUGGUCAAUUUGAUUGGGCACUAAUGACAUUUGAUAAUUCUGUCCGAAAAACUGGCCGUAUUACAAAGCGGCUUUUGCAAAAAGUCUUUGAUAGAACGUGUCACUCAGGUAACCCAGGUAGUAAUCAAGCCUUGCUUCUGCUGCGCAGCUGUGGUUCCCUCUUGCCUGAAAUAAGUCUUAAAGAGAGAACAGAUUUUGUUCAUGAAAUAUGGAACAAACUUCAGAAAUUGGGUACUGUGUAUGAUGUGAGUCACUACAAUGCUUUACUUAAAGUCUAUCUUCAAAAUAGAUACGAAUUUUCACCUACUGAUUUCCUGGCGAAAAUGGAGGAAGCAAACGUUCAGCCAAAUCGAGUGACCUAUCAGAGACUGAUUGCUGCUUACUGUAAUGUAGGAGACAUUGAAGGUGCCAGCAAGAUUCUUGAAUUUAUGAAAACUAAGGACCUUCCAGUUACAGAGGCAGUAUUCAGUGCUCUUAUAACAGGGCAUGCAAAAGCUGGAGAUAUGGAGAAUGCAGAAAAUAUUCUCACAGUAAUGAGAGAGGCUGGAAUUGAGCCUGGUCCAGACACAUACCUAGCCUUAUUGAACGCAUAUGCUGAGAAGGGUGACAUUGAUCAUGUAAAGCAGACCCUGGAGAAGGCGCAGAAUUCUGAUCUGUACCUCACGGACCGUGAUUUAUUGCAACUUAUCUUUAGCUUCAGUAAAGCUGGUUAUCCUCAGUAUGUCUCAGAAAUUUUAGAAAAACUUACCUAUGAAAGAAGGUAUAUUCCAGAUGCAAUAAACCUCAUUUUGCUUUUAGUCACUGAAAAAUUGGAAGAUACAGCAUUGCAAGUUUUAUUAGCAUGUCCUGUAUCAAAGGAAGAGAAUCAGAAUGACUUUGGGAAUUUCUUUUUACGACAUUGUGUGACCAUGAAUACGCCUGUAGAGAAACUGACAGACUACUGUAAGAAGUUAAAGGAAGCCCAGAUGCAUAGUUCUCCUUUGCAGUUAACACUCUACUAUGCUUUACAAGCCAAUAAAGCCGAUUUGGCAACAGCUCUAAUGAAGGCUUUGAAAGAAGAAGGUUUUCCUGUCAGAAUUCACUAUUUCUGGCCUUUGCUAGUUGGACAGCAGAAGGAAAGAAAUGUUCAAGGUAUAGUUGAUGUCUUCAAAAGAAUGCAGGAAGUGGGUGUAGAGCCUGAUCCAGAAACAUAUAUAAGUUAUGUGUUUCCAUCCUUUGACAGUGUAACAGCAGUACGUGCUCUUUUGCAGGAAAACAACUGUGUACCUAAAAAUAACUCGCUUGGUGUAGCUGAAAUGAGAAGCGAAGCAAUGAAAGGGAACUUAAACUUUGUUUUAUCAUUUUUGGAAUCAAAUACAUUGCCUUUGUCACUUAAUUCUCUGAGAGGAAGCCUAAUUACAGGAUUUAGGAGGUCUAUGAAUAUAAAUCUUUGGAGCAAGAUAACAGAAUUGUUGUAUAAGGAUGGACGUUAUUGCCAGGAGCCUCCAGGACCAACGGAAGCUGUUGGCUAUUUUCUUUAUAACUUGAUUGACAGCAUGAGUGACUCAGAGGUACAGGCCAAGGAGGAGCAUUUGAGACAAUACUUCCAUCAGCUAGAGGAGAUGAAUAUAAAAAUUUCCGAAAAUAUCUACCGAGGCAUUCGGAAUCUGCUGGAUAGCUACCACGUCCCUGAAUUGAUUAAGGAUGUUAAUGUUUUGGUAGACAGAGAGAAGACAGAUUCUCGAAAAACUUCACAAUUUACAUCAUCUGAGUUAGAAUCUACGCUUGAAAAACUAAAAGGUGACAAUCAACCUAUAGGAGAUGUUCUAAAGCAACUGAUAUUAGUCCUUUGUUCAGAAGAGAACAUGCAAAAAGCCCUUGAGUUGAAAGAAAAAUAUGAAUCAGACAUGGUUGUCGGUGGCUAUGCAGCUUUAAUAAAUUUGUGCUGUCGACAUGAUAAUGCAGAAGAUGCACUGAACUUGAAACAAGAAUUUGACCGGUUAAAUUCAUCUGCUGUCCUUGACACCAAUAAAUAUGUAGGUCUUGUAAGAGUAUUGGGGAAACAUGGCAAAGUCCAAGAUGCUAUUAACAUUCUAAAAGAGAUGAAAGAGAAGGAUGUUCUUAUCAAAGAUGCAACAGUCUUGUCCUUUUUCCACAUCCUAAAUGGCGCAGCUUUAAGAGGUGAAAUUGAAACAGUAAAACAGUUGCAUGAAGCCAUCGUGAUGCUAGGGUUAGCAAAACCAUCUACCAACAUAAGUAUCCCUUUGGUCACUGUACACCUGGAAAAGGGUGACCUGUCUGCUGCCCUUGAAACCACCAUUGAUUGCUAUAAAAAGUAUAAAAUAUUACCAAGGUUGCAUGAUAUCUUAUGUAAACUGAUAGAGAAAGGCGAGACUGCUCUAAUCCAGAAAGCAAUGGAUUUUGUAAGCCAAGAACAAGGUGAAAUGACGAUGCUCUAUGAUAUCUUCUUUGCCUUCCUACAAACAGGAAAUUACAAAGAGGCCAAGAAGAUCAUUGAGACUCCAGGCAUUAGAGCUCGACCUACAAGACUUCAGUGGUUUUGUGAUAAAUGUAUCACUAAUAAUCAGAUUGAAACUCUGGAAAAAUUAGUGGAGUUGACGCAAAAGCUGUUUGAAUGUGAUAGAGACUACCUGUACUACAGUCUGCUAAAGCUGUACAGAAAAAAUGGUGACUGGCAAAGAGCUGAUGCUGUCUGGAAUAAAAUGCAAGAAGAAAAUAUUAUUCCUCGUGAGAAGACAUUAAGAUUGUUAGCAGAAAUACUUAAAGACGGUAAUCAAGAAGUUCCUUUUGAUGUUCCGGAGUUGUGGUAUGAAGGCAGCACAUGUUCCCCGAUUUCACCAUCUCACGUGGACCCUCUGACUGAGAAAGAGCUGUUGAAAGCCUGCGAGCAGCAGAAGAAUCAAGAUGCAUUUAGUAUUUUCCUGAAGGCACAAAAUAAAAACAUUAUGUUCAGCAGUGAUACUUACACAACUCUGAUACACUUGCUGCUGUUGAAGGACAGUUUCUCAGAAGCUAUGAAAGUGAAAGACACCGCUGAGACCCACAUCAAGGGCUUCACACUGAACGAUGCUGCCAACAGCAUCCUCAUCAUAACGCAAGUUAGGCGGGAUUAUUUGAAAGAGGCUCUCGCAACUCUGAAAACAGCCUUGGAUCUGGACCAGAUUCCUUCUAAGUUCUCAGUGACCCGCCUUAUCCAGACCUUUGCCUCUAAGGGUGAUGUACAAAGCAUAGAAGCUAUUCAAAAGAUGGUCAGUGGACGGGACGAGAUUGGGCUAUCAAGAAUGGUUUUUAUUAAUAACAUUGCUUUAGCACAAAUGAAGAACAAUAACAUAGAUGUUGCUGUAGAGAACAUUGAAAACAUGCUUACUUCAGGGAACCCAGUCGUAGCACCUCAGUACUUUGGCUUGUCAUACUUAUUCAGAAAAGCAAUAGAGGGACACAUGGAGACAGCAGUUGAAAAAUUAAGCAUCAUGGCAGAGAGAUUGGCCAAUCAGUUUUCAGUGUACAAACCAGUCACUGAUCUUUUCCUUCAGCUUGUGGAUUCAGGCAAGGUGGAUGAUGCCAGAGCUCUUCUACAGAGAUGUGGCGCAAUUGCUGAACAAACCCCAAUUCUGUUGGUGUUCUGUAUUAGGAAUGCUCAGAAACAAGGAAAGGCGUCAGUUCUGAAAUCUCUGUUCGAAUUGAUUCCUGAAUUACAUGACAGGGAAGAAGCGUACACAUCCAUCAUGAAAAGCUAUGUUGUGGACAAUGAUGUAUCAUCUGCUAAAAGGCUGUAUGAACACGUGACUACAAAAAACAUGAAACUGAAUAACCUGUUUCUAAAGCGUUACGCAGUUCUGCUGAAGAAAGCUGGAGAAUCUGUUCCUUUCACUGAGCCCCCUGAAAGCUUUGAAUUUUAUGCAAAUCAACUAAAGGAAUCAAAGGAAACCCCUUUCUGAAAUAAGCCGAGGCUGCCUUGUUUUUUGUGUCUUUGUGGUCCUGUGUCUGUUAUUUUUAAGAUGUAUUUGAGAGGAAAAAAAUAAAUAAAUAGAAAAUUACUUUGAUUACAUAUUUUUUAUCUGUAAAGGACAAGGUAAUGUUCAACCCCUCAUUGAUAGUAACUGUACACUUACUAGGCUUUUUUUUGUCUACAGCAUAAAAGUGUUUUCUUUAAGGCUGCUCAUGCAUGUGAGGCCAUAAUUUUUCAAAGGUCUUCUCCCAUUUGAAUCUUCCGUUUCCCUGCUCUAUUUCGUUUAUUUUCAGAAAAAGGCUAUUCCUGUAAGAUACGCUUAUUAGUUUUACUUAUCUGAAGAAUUUUGGAGCUAGAUAAAAUGAUGUUCAGUGGGUUUCCUAGUGCUUAGUAUUCCAGGUUAAAACAGACUCUGUUGUAUGUGAAGUCCCAGGUCACUUGGAUCGUUUCUUAGUGAGAAGCAGGACCCGGGGCGCCAGCCCUUGCCUUGCCCGGGGCGCCAUUUGCCUGUGCCUGGAGGCUUCGCAGCCCACUUGCCCUUCUACCGCAGGAGCUCUGAGCUUUCGAAAUCUCGGUCCUGGUUCCGACUUCGCAUGAAGUGCAGCAGUGCAUUCCUUUCACUUUGGGUUCAGGAUCUUGUCAGAGACUACCUUCUACGCGAGGCCUGCUACUUUAGACCCAUCCUCUGUAAAUAUGUGGCUUCAUAUGUGAAGCAGUGAAUCUUGAUUUAUAAUCAGCUUAAAUAAAAGUCUCAUGUUGGCCCUCAUG